AUGUUGCAACAAUAUGGGCUGCCCAAGUUCAAACUCGAUGUGCGGGCUCAAAAGGGCCGCAAGUGGCUGCUCACGUUGUUGGCCGUAGGCUAUGCCGCAACGGCAGUGCAUCAGGUCGUUUGGGGCAGUGCUUGCCUCUUUGUUGGCCCCUUUACUUUGGGAGCACUGCGGUGCUUCAUUGUUGCGGCGUGCGCCCAUGUAUGCCGGGGAGCCAUUUCAGUGGGAGUUCUUUUGGUGUGCUUGCAAUCCCAAAUCGUCAGCUCGCAAUCAGUUGACAGGCCUUUCUAA